AGAGACUUAGCUGAUAUACUUUGUAUAACCACAUGUUGCUGUGCUGACUAUAUUGCUGACAAGGUUGCUGCCUAGUGUCCACUGUCCUUCUCUGUUUUUGUUUAGUUCCUCUGUGAAAAGCCAGAGACAAUUAAUGAAUAGUUUCUCUACCCACCUCUGGUAGCUGGCAUUUGCCACAUACUCCAGAGGAAAGAAAAAAGGGAUGAAAAAGAAAUAGAGGCGAAAAGGACAUAUUUCAUGAAAAGUGGGUAUCCAAAAGACAGAAAUCAUCAUCUCACCUCCAGUUUACACAAAUGAAAAGAAACUCACCAUGCCAGGCCUGAUCAACAAGGGGAGUCAGAAUGCUCUGCCUCUCAGUGUCUGCGAGAUCACUUCCUGUGUCAGAGGUUACACCCUGGCCCUGACAGCAUCCAUGACCUACAAUAACUUUGAGGACAAUCCAAUUGAGGGAGUCUUCAUUUACCCACUGGAAGAAUGCUCUACCGUGGUGGGAUUUGAAGCUAUGAUCUCCAACCAGAUAAUAACCGUGCAAAUCAAAGACAAGUCCAAGAUUGAUGACUGUUACUUUGAUUGCUGCACUACAACUAAUGGUGCCCUUCAGAGUGGCAGUGGACAUAUUGUGCUGGAUGAGGACUUGGAGAGGACAGUGUUGGUGGUGAACCUGGGGGUCAUCCCCCCUCUGGAGACGGUCAACGUGUUGGUCAGCACCUCCUCUGAGCUGCCCACCCUUCCCAACGGGGGUAUCCGGGUCACCUCACCCACCGUGUGCACCCCCAGGGUCCAGAGAACCAUCAACGAGGAGCUGGGACUCUCCCCAAACUUCCACAACAGAGCGAGGGGCAGCAGGCAUAAUUGUGCCCUGGAUCCAAAUGAGCAGACUCCUAUCACCCCCCAGCUGUACAUGGCCCAGCUGCUGGAGGAAGAGGCCAUCAACUCCAUUGACUAUGAGUUUAGCUUCCAGCUGGAGAUCAGAGCCCCGUAUCUCCUUGCAGGUGUGGAAAGCCCCUCUCAUGCCAUCCGGGCCGACGCAGACCCCCUGGCCCGCUCAGCCACCAGUGUCGUCAUCACACUCGCUGACAAGUACACCUACGACUGCCCUGUGGAGAUCAUCAUCUACCCCAGUGAUCCUCAUCUGCCUCUUGUGCUGAUUGAGGAUGGAGACAUGACACUGGAGGAGUACGAUGAACACCUCACAGGGAAGAGUGACUACAUCAAGGCCAUCAAGAAGGACUCCAGUAAUGAAAAGAAAGUGGAUAUCAUUCGUAAGCGUCUCCACAAGGACAUCCUCCACAACCCUGCGGUUAUGCUCAACUUCUGCCCAGACCUCAAGUCCAAGACCUCUGACCUGAGGAAGGUGCAUGGAGAGUUCAUCUUCCUCAUCAACCGCAGUGGGAGCAUGAGCGGGGUCAACAUCAGCUGUGUCAAGGAUGCCAUGCUGGUGAUCCUGAAGAGCAUUGUGCCUGCCAGUCUCUUCAACAUCAUCGGCUUUGGCUCCACAUUCAAAACACUGUUUUCUACCAGUCAGAGCUAUGAUGAGGAAACAGUAACCAUGGCUUGUGAGUACAUCAGGAAGAUCCGAGCUGACAUGGGCGGCACCAACAUCCUGGCACCACUUAACUGGAUCCUGAGGCAACCCAUGCACGUGGGUCAUCCACGCAUGCUCUUCCUGAUCACAGAUGGGGCCGUCAGCAACACAGGGAAGGUCAUCGAGCUGGUCCGCAGCCAUGCCCGCUACACCAGGUGCUACACUUUCGGAAUCGGUCAGAGUGCUUGCAGGAGACUGGUGACUGGACUGGCUACUGUUUCCAAAGGAACGGCAGAGUUCUUGGCAGAAGGGGAGAGACUGCAGCCCAAGAUGAUCAAGUCUCUGAAGAAGACCAUGGCCCCAGUGCUGAGUGACAUUGCCAUCGACUGGUUGUUCCCUGAGACCAAGGAAGUGUUGCUCUCCCCUGUAGGCUCCACCUUCCUGUUCCCUGGGGACCGUCUGAUUGGCUACAGUGUUGUCUGUGACACCACACGCUACCAUCCAAAACCCAAGUCUGAUAAGAGGAAGCACUACAGUAUGAUGCGUUCCAAUGACUCAGCCAGCUCCGUGUUCUACCACUCCCAAGAGGAGGACCCAGGGACGACUACAGGCUUCUCUGACUGUCAGGGAACCCACAGGGACAUACACUCCAGCCCUCUGUUUGACUCCUACCAAGACUCCAUGUCAGAGAGCAGCCCUGGCCCCACUAAGCAUAACAACAUGGGAAUGGACAGUAAAACAUCACCUAGAAGACGUGGGUAUAGUACCAACCAGAUAGUGGACUACAACCCCAACAUAAAGAAGACCUACACUCCCAGUGACCCCAGCUCUGUAGAGGGGAAGCACCCGCUGAGGAGAGCUAAGGUCCAGGAGCUGAAUGGACAGACCAGCCCCGACUAUGGAGCACAGUGGAAGACUGAAUGCCAGCCACAGCUGGGGAGCUUGUGUGCCACGGCCAUCAGGGGGUGCCCUACCAAUGGGGCUUCUCACAGGUCCUCCCCUCAGCAGGAGGGGGCUCCCCAGGAGGCGGCGCCAGCGCAGGCCCACUCCGCCGUCUCCAAGCUGCAGGCCAGAGCCACCAGGAGCUGGGCUUAUACAGAGCACGCCUUAGGAGGAGCCAGGAGCACUGUUGGAGAGGACGGCUCGUCCUCUACUGACCCCUCUGUCAGCAGCUUCGGAGACGCAGACUGCUACCCUAAUCAGCUGUGUGAGAUCGAAACCCCCCAGGAGCCUCCAGCCACCCCAGACCUGAUCUCAGCCCCUCAGGACAGGGACUUGGGGAAGGGGUUCUGUAAGGUUGUGGUGUCUGGCCUGCUCUGUGGGAAGCCAGUCAAGUGGGAGGUGACCUUUGACAUUGAGCCCUACCUGAAGGGCAGAGAGCGGGAAGAGAAAGUUCACGAGGAACUCUGGAAUGAAACGUUCCAUCACCUGGCUGGACGUUCCAUCAUUCAGGACUUUGAGCACAUGGUAGAUCAGCAGUGUGAGAUUGAGCAUGGUUCUGGCAAAAGAUACCGGUUAUAUGCCAUUCACACCAGCAAGGCCUGUAACAUUCUCAGCAAAUACACUGCCUUUGUGCCCGUUGAUCUGGACACUAAUGAAUAUCUACAGACCUAUAUCGAUUACGUCAACCCAGGUAAAGGUCUGAAAAAGGGCUCUCGCUCUGGGAACAGGAAGAACCAGGGUUACUCCAUGGGACUGGGACGCUCCCAGUCUGGCUGCAUGUCAGAGGAGGCUGAGGACGGACACCUGCCCACCAGUUUGGAAGAUGGGGCCUCUCCAUGUAGCACCCCCUCAUCCUCUACCUGGGAAAGAUGCAGCUUUACAGAUGCAUCACUCUCAGCCUCUCAGAGGAGCCCGUCGGUGACCUCAGACCAGAAGUUGGUGGAGAGCCUCUUCUCAGCCAAGCUGACUCUCAACCGGACGAGACUCCUGACCCGGGCCGCCAGGGGCUUCAUAUUUCGCUCACACAGCAAAACCAGCAACUCUGUGGGGGAGAGUGAGAACGAGAACAAAGACUACAUUCCUCUGGUGUCCUUACAGUUGGCAUGUGGUGCGUUCUGCCUGGACAUCGCUCUGUGUGAGGCCAUCAACGUGUCCAUGGACAAGCUGAAGUGGACGUCUCCCUUCACCAGCCACCGGGUCAGUCUGGGUCACCACGUCUCCCACUCAGCCAGCCGCCUCUCAAACAGCAGCGCUGCAGACGACAGCCACAGGUCCACCUCUCCAUCUCCGUUUGAGAGCUCAGCUAAGGAGACAGAAACCAGCCUGACAGGCCACCACCAGCACAACCCUGGAGACCUGGUUGUCAGCAGCCACAGACAAAGGGGGCACAGCCCCUCUCACCUGGCCAGGAGUCCACGGACUGAGGGUUGGCCUGGGUCUUCUCCUUCCUUCCUAGGCGGCCCCUCCACCCCUACCUCCUCCACCUAUGCUGAGCACCCUCUCUCCCCUCACUCCCAGACAGACAGCGGAAGGGACUCAGAGUCGGAGAGUGUGGAAACCCCCCCAGCAGCGCAUCCUGGUGGCCCGGGGUCCAGGAAGAGGCUGAAUACGGAGGGCAUGGUGUGGGCCACGGCUGUAGCCCUGGCUUGGCUGGAGCACAGCUCGGCCAGCUACUUCAUAGAGUGGGAGCUGAUAGCAGCUAAGGCUAGCAUGUGGCUCAGUGCCCAGACCAUCCCUGAAGGAAAGGAGUUAGCCUCAGUCAAGUCUGCUGCCAACCAGCUCUUUAUCAUCCUCAGACACUGGGACGAGAACCUGCAGCUCAACAUGCUCUGCUACAACCCCAACAGUGUCUGAGGCUGAUUGCAUCGCAUGCACCGUCCUCCAUCCGGACAUAUCCAACCAUGCUAUGCUAACUGACUAACGCUUUAUUUACUAUUUAUUUUUUGCCAUUUUGAGUAUUGCCGAAUUUGUUAGUGCAGCUAUUGUGAGCAUUGUGUCGUAGAAUUGAUUCUGUUAUGAUAACUUCUAAACCUGUCAGAAGCUUCCCAGAGGCACAAACUUGCUUGUUGUCUCCCUUUGGGUGGAUACAUUCACCAGCUAUGGGUCUGAUUAAACAUGAUUCUAUUCACAUGGUGAAGGAAAUCAGAAGUGUAAGAGUAAACGUACAUAUUCUAAAAAAUAGAAGUUUAUGGAAAUAUAUGUAUUGUUUUAUUUAUGUUUAAUAUUUCCAUCAUAUUGAUGUCCAAUGAUGAGAGAAUAUGCCAAAACAAUUCCCAUGAGACUUUUACAAUUAUUUAUAUUGCAUAUAAUGUGUUUGAUCGUCACAAUCAUUUCAAAAUCAAUAUUGUGAUAUAUGAACAUUUGCCUGGUCCCAGAUCUGUUUGUGUCUUGCCAACUAUGGCCAAUUCCUCUUCUCAUGUUUGAUGUCUUCGAUUGGUUCAGAAACCGUCCUUUUAUCGCUGUUUAUUUUGUACUCAUCAGCCAUAAGUGCCUAACAAUGAUUAAACACAAACAAAGAUUGGUUAUCAGAAAUACGUAUUUAGCUGUUUCUCCAUUAUUGUUUGAUAUCAAAUGUGUUUCCAUAUAAAAAUGCUCAGCGUGUUUUCUUUUGUAGGUGUUCUGAAUAAUGUGAUAGAAACUUUCAAUUUGGAUGAAAGAAAUUAGUUUUUCUGUCCUUUCCUUUGUCAUUUCCUUUCCUUUGUCCUUUUCUUUCCUUUGUCCUUUUCUUUCCUUUGUCCUUUUCUUUCCUUUGUCCUUUUCUUUCCUUUGUCCUUUUCUUUCCUUUGUCCUUUCCUCUCAUUUGUCUCUUUUGUAAGACAUUGUACUCUGCUCUCAUAUUUCCUCAAAAAUGUUGUUAAUUUUACUCAGGUAGUAUUAUUUUCCUAAGGCUUUGAAAUUUCAUCCAUCCUGCUACAUGGAAAGCCAAUGUUUGUGUUAUAAUAUGUAUCAACAGUGGGAGCAAAGCAAUUCCCCCACAGCCAACCUGUUCUGCUGCAUUUGGCCCAGGUCAGAAGUAGUGCACUAUAGAGAGUCAGGUGCCAAUUGGAACAUACCUCUAGAAAUAUUGUAAUUUAAUUGUGAUCUAUGUAAACUUAUAGUGAUUGUGGCGGCUGGCUUUACUUGUGUACAACUCGAUUGUUGCUGUGUGUUUUGAGAAUAUGAUUGUUGACUGUUUUGAGGCUGUUAAAAGUUUCCAUAGUCUCAGUUUGCUAAAUGUCAGUGGCAUGACUAUGCAACUGAAUGUAAUAAAAUAUUUCCCCUCAUGAAGCUGUACAAGUUUGCAUCAAGACAAAGAUAAAAUUAUUAGUCCUGUUCGU